AGAAGAGAGAUGGAGGUGUUAUCUCUGCUUCCAUGCAAGGGCUGCACCCCCUGGCAGGGCCUUCUUCUCACAGCCUCCCUUUUAACCUGCUGGCACCUGUCCACCGCUGCCCAAGUUACCAUUGAAUCAGUGCCGCCCCAAGUGGUUGAAGGAGAAAACGUCCUUCUACGUGCCAACAAUCUGCCAGAGAAUCUUCUAGCUUUUUCCUGGUACAAGGAGGUGAGAAAUAUGAACCUCAGAAUUGCACUAUUUGCACUGAACACUAAUCAAAGUGUGAUGGGGCCUGGACAAAGCGACAGAGAAACAGUGUACAGCAAUGGAUCCCUGUGGCUGAAAAAUGUCACCAAGGAGGACACAGGAUUCUAUACCCUACAAACAGUAAAUAGAGGUGGAAAAACUGUAUCUACAACAACCACGUACUUCCAUGUGUACACCUCCCUUUAUACCUGUGGGCACCCUUCCCCCUCUGCCCAGCCCACUAUUGAAUCAGUGCCACCCAGUGUUGCUGAAGGGGGAAGUGUUCUUCUACUUGUUCACAAUCUCCCAGAGAAUCUUCAAGCUCUUUACUGGUACAAAGGGGUAUUUGCACACAAGAAGUUUGAAGUUGCCCGACACAUAAGACAAAUAGAUUCAAGUUUGCAGGGGCCAGCACACAGUGGUAGAGAAGCAUUGUUCAGAAAUGGAUCGCUCCUGCUCCACAACAUCAUCUGUAAGGACACUGGAUUCUAUACCCUACGAAUUCUGACUACAGAUCUAAAAGUUGAAGAAGCCCAUGUGCAACUCGAGGUGAACACCUCCGUUUCUACAUGCUCUAACUCUCCAACCUCUACCCAAGUCAAAAUUGAAUCAGUGCCUCAGUAUGUUGCUGAAGGAAAAAGCAUUCUUCUCUUAGUUCAUAAUCUGCCUGAAGAUCUUCAAGAAUUUUACUGGUACAAAUCAGUGUAUAGGACAGACGUCUUUAAAAUUGCAGAAUACAACCGAGCCAUUGAUUCCACCAUCUGGGGGCUUGCACACAGCCAAAGAGAAAUGGUAUACACCAAUGGAUCCCUGCUGAUCAAGGACGUCACUGAGAAAGAUGCAGGAUUAUACAUGCUAGAAACUUUGAACAAAGAUUACAAAAUUGAGAAAGCAUUUGUGCAACUCCAUGUGAACAAGCCUGUGUCACAGCCCUUAUUGCGAGUCAUUGACACCACAGUCACAGUACAGAGCUCUGUGAUCUUCACUUGCUUCUCAGCUGACCCUGGAAUCUCCAUCCGUUGGAUCUUCAAUAACCAGAAUCUGCAGCUCACAGAGAGGAUGUCUCUGUCCCCCCAAAAUUGCCAACUCAGCAUAGAUCCUGUCAGGAGAGAGGAUGCUGGAGAGUAUAAGUGUGAGGUCUCCAACCAAGUCAGUUCAAAGACCAGUCUCCCAGUCAGCCUGGUUGUGAAGAAUGAGUGA